AUGCAACGACAAAACAUAGAUUAUGCUUAUAUAUCACGAUAUAGUGAAGGUAAUGAAGCAUGGUUUGAAAUCGAGAAACGUUUUACAAAUAUUGACAAGCCUCGACAAAGUUGUAUUUACAAUAACUUUUUUAUCAUUCGAUUACAAUGGUUUUACAAAUCAGAAAGAAUUCAAACGUUUCUGCAGGAAUUAAUUCGAGAUGAUUUCUUCUUACGGGAAUAUAUUGGUGAUGGAUGUGUUCAUGCAGCUAUGCUCGAUAUUGAUCGAAAUGCACGAACAAAACAACUGAAACUACUUGAAUAUGGACACAACUUUCAUUUAUAUAUAAGGAAUAUAAGAGGUUCUUUUUAUAAUGGUAAUCUACAUGAGUUCUAUCAAGAUGUCGCAGAUUCAUGUGAUCAUCUAUUGUCUAUUAAUACAGAAAGAACUGGAAUAAAGAAAGUGAAGAUUUGA